AUGGCGGACGCGGCCCCGGCCCCGGCGCUGCGGGCCCUGUACCGCUGGCUGGACACGGUGCCGCUGUCCCGGCCCCGCAGGAACAUCGCCCGCGACUUCAGCGACGGGGUGCUCGCGGCCGAGGUGGUGAAGUUCUUCUUCCCCUCCCUGGUGGAGUUGCACAGCUUCGUCCCCGCCAGCUCCACCGCGCAGAAACUCGCCAACUGGGGGCACCUCAACAGGAAGGUGCUGAGUAAGCUGAAUUUGCGGGUCCCGGACGAGCUGAUCCGGCAGCUGGUGCAGAGCCAGCCGGGAACGGCGGAGCAGGUGCUGCUGCUGCUGCGGGACAGGAUCGAGGAGAGGCAGGGACGGAGCCACGGCACGGGCGGGGCCGGCCAGCCCCCAGGAGCUCAGGCAGUGCCAGAGGAGAGUGGAUACCUGGACACAGGCCAUCCCAAGGGCAGGAGUGACGUGGGAGGGGGCUACUCCCAGGAGGGCACUGCCAGAUCCUGCAGGCGAAGGUGGAGCGGCUGGAGCAGCUCCUGCUCCUCAAGAACCUGCGGAUCGACGACCUGAGCCGGCGGCUGCAGCAGGGACGGGGCCAGGGACGGGGCCAGGGACGGGGCCAGCAGCGCUGAGGGACCCUCGGGACACCCUCCACCACGGAACGGCCUCCUAGUGCCCCCCAGUGCCCCCCCCGGGCUCCCGCU